UUAAAUACCAUGCAGAAUCUUCCUAUAGGCAAUGUUUCUUUUACAACUUUCCAACUGAAUGGUUUCUAUUCUUUGGGAGAAUGGCGACGCUUUCUGUUUAUCCCAUAUUUUCUAAUGUUUUUAUUGUGUACCACUGCAAACUCCACGCUGAUAUUUUUAAUUGUCUCUAAGAGAUCUCUGCACUCUCCAAUGUUUGUAUUAAUUGCAUUAAUUGCUGUUGUGGAUCUGCUUAUGCCAAUGUUUUUUGUACCAAACAUGUUGCUCAACUUCUUAUUUGACUGGAAUCAGAUUUCUCUUGUGGGCUGUUUAAUGCAGAUAUUUUGGGUUCAGUUUGUUGGUGCAUUUCAAUCUACUCUUCUGCUGUGGAUGUCUGUAGAUCGAUUCUUUGCAAUAUGCAGACCUCUUUCUUAUCACAAAAAUAUGCAAUUAGCCAACUUUUUAAAAUUCACUGUAGUGCCAGUGCUCAGAAAUGGGUUUUUACACAUCACCGUCGUCUCUUUGGCUGGAAAAUUGCAUUAUUGUAUGAAAAAUGAGAUUGAUCACUGUUUUUGUGAGCACAUGGGAUUGGUUCAGCUGGCAUGUGAAGAUACGACUGUUAAUAAUGCAUUUGGACUUUCAACUGCUUUUCUAAUUCCCGCUGUGGAUUUUAUUUUUAUUGCUGUAUCUUAUGCAAUAAUAUUUACCUCUGUUAUUAAAUCAGGGAAGUCCAGCUGGAAGGCUCUUAACACCUGCAUCACUCAUAUAAUUGUCAUUACAUUCACAUUAAUAUUUGCCUUGACAGCUUUUGUGUCAUAUAGGACUAAAAAUACUUUUUCUUCAAAUGUCCGUAUUUUUAUGAGUACAAUGUAUGCACUUUUUCCAAGCUGUUUUAACCCCAUUAUUUAUGGAGUGAGAACAAAAGAAAUCAGACUGCAGUUUUUAAAAUUAUUUAAAAGUGUGAAAGUCUUACCACAAUAAUUAUGUGAUGUGACAAAAUACAAUGUAAGCAUGUAUAAAUAAUUACGGUCAUGAUGUUUAGACUCUAUUCUGCAAAAGGCAAGUUGUAAGGACUUGUACACUCUGGACCUUUAUCUAUUUAUGUGGCACAGAUUAUUGUUUGCGUAUGUAUUCUAUUAAAAAAAAGCAUAUCAUUUUAACUCUGUCAUGUUUACAUUUAUAUAUGUAUUAAUGUAUUUUGCUUUCUGCACUGUCCUGCAUGAUCGCAGGUUUUUCAUUCCAAACAAGCUGUAGCUCACAUGUUUGUAGCUUAAUUAGUUGGUUUAAUCACUUUCAUUAUUGACUCUUUUAAAUAUUAUAUCACAAAACUUCAAAUCACAGUGCAUGUUCAAAUACCUCCAGAAAUCACAUCUUACAAAAAGGUUAAAAUGCACCCAUGAACAUGUGAUAUGAUCAAUUCAGGAAAACAGGUUUGGUUUGGACACCUAAAAUAUAAUUAUGAAUCAUUAUAAUCAUUAUAAUGAAAUUAUAUAUCAUUAUUUCAU